AUGGAUACCAGGCGGUCAGGUCAGGUGGUACCCUAUCGACUGCGCUGUGACCACGAGCCUCUCAGCAACAGAAUGGGUCCGCCUGAGUUCUACGCGCCCAACGAGGGGGACAUGGAGGAGGUGAUGACGCCCAGAGUCAUACAGCACGGCUACAGAGAAACUGUCCCAGGAGUCGACGAGGGCACGGAGGUCACGUACUCGCUCCUGUCCACACGAGGCUUCUGGACGCGCAAUAGUGUCUCCAACCUCCGUACCGCUAUGCACAAGUGCCUUAGAGCGCUCAACAACUCUUUGGUCCGCAAGCGCAAGGCGGGGCAAGUGUAUGGAGUCCCUUUGUCAGGAGCCAUGCUUACUCGUAUUGGAGCCUUCCCAGAGCAAAAAACAUUUUCAGAGGAUGCUCGACACAAAUGGAUAGAGGACCUGUCUGGUCGCAAGCGGCUGCGAGUGCUGGGGGAUCCAGUGCCCCACGGGCUGCGCAAGAGGCAGCUGCUGGAGGCGUUGGUGCAGCAGAGGGUGCCCCUGGCUCGGGCUACCUGGUACAUACGCUGCGUGCUGCUCAACCAGGUUCGCCCGACAGGCGGGCCGGGUGGUGGUGGUAGUGGCGCCGGUGGCUUAGAUGCGUGCUUGUCCUGGAUUGACCUUCUGCCUCACGCGUUGCCUACGACUGCGCCUUCUGGGGCAAGUGGGGCAGAAGCAGCGCCGAUCCCUGCAGCACUCGCAGGGAACCUCACACAACCUCAGAAGAAGCAGCUAUUCCAGCAACAACAGCAGCAGCACCAGCAGCAGCAGCAGCAGCAGCAGCAGCAGCAGCAGCAGCAGCAGGCAUCACAGGCGCCAUUCCCUUCCCAGAACCCCACAUCACCGCCUAUCUCCCCUCUCACUCCGCUCCAGCCCCUCUCAGGUCCCUCCACUCCCAUGGAAAUCUUCUCCCCCCUCUCCCCCCCUUCCUCCGCAGCAGGCCCUGCUGGUGGCACUGGCGGAGCAGGGGCAGGGGCAGGCGGGGGAGGGGGAACUGGUGGCGGUUGUGGUAGGCUGGACUCAGAUGGGCACGUGCAGGGCAAGGGUCCCUUUCCAGGGUCAGAGGAGACGCAUGCGCUGGCCCUCUGUCUAGCCGGUGUGGUGAGGAUUCUCCUCGUGACUGCCCCAGACUCGUUCGUGGGCCUCAGCUGCUUUCCCCUGCCGCCUCUGGUCUCCUAUGCUGCACCGGCAAUGGCAAAUUUGCCCCCUAUGGAUAAGCUUUUCCCCUCUUCGGCACCUGAAUCUGCACCCCAGCCGCCUAGUCAGCCUCAACCGCAUGCCCAACACCGGGUCAAGCAGGUGGUGAGGGUGCUGCGAGUGCUCCUGGGCUGGAUGGCGCAGGAUCGUGGGUUUCAGAUCCGUGUAGCGUUUUAG